GGGGGCGGGAGCGGGGAGUCGUCGGAGUCGCGGAGCUUUGGAGGGGUGGGAUUGCGGGGACUUCGUCUCCUACGACUUGAGGGGUCUGUGGGCCGCGCGAACGGCGGUUGCCCUUCGGCUGACCUGCCCGGAUAUGGGGCAACUCAUAGGGUGGUUAUAGGGGGCCCGAGGAGGACAGUCGCUCUGGGCUGCCAGCGGUGGGGCAGCAUUCCCUGGCGCCCAGGUGUCAGAAACACGGUGAUCCUCCUAGGCUGUUUAGGUGGCCCAGAGAGCUUGACGUGGCACUUCCUAUUUUUUAGGUCUUCUCUGUCAGUUGAAAUGUCUAUGAUUUUAUCUGCCUCAGUCAUUCGUGUCAGAGAUGGACUGCCACUUUCUGCUUCUACUGACUAUGAACAAGGCACAGGCAUGCAGGAGUGCAGAAAGUAUUUUAAAAUGCUCUCGAGAAAACUGGCUCAGCUUCCUGAUAGAUGUACACUGAAAACUGGACAUUAUAACAUUAAUUUUAUUAGCUCUAUGGGAGUGAGCUACAUGAUGUUGUGCACUGAAAAUUACCCAAAUGUUCUGGCCUUCUCUUUCCUGGAUGAGCUUCAGAAGGAGUUCAUUACUACUUAUAACAUGAUGAAGACAAAUACUGCUGUCAGACCGUACUGUUUCAUUGAAUUUGAUAACUUCAUUCAGAGGACCAAGCAGCGAUAUAAUAAUCCCAGGUCUCUUUCAACAAAGAUAAAUCUGUCUGACAUGCAGAUGGAAAUCAAGCUGAGGCCCCCUUAUCAAAUUUCCAUGGGUGAACUGGGGUCAGCCAAUGGAGUCACAUCUGCAUUUUCUGUUGACUAUAAAGGUGCUGGUAAGAUUUCUUCUGCUCACCAGCGACUGGAACCAGCAACUCUGUCAGGGAUUGUGGCAUUUAUCCUUAGUCUUUUAUGCGCAGCUCUGAAUUUAAUUCGAGGCUUUCAUGCCAUAGAAAGUCUCCUGCAGAGUGAUGGUGAGGAUUUUAAUUACAUUGUUGCAUUUUUCCUUGGAACAGCAGCCUGCCUUUACCAGUGUUAUUUAUUUGUCUACUACACCGGCUGGCGGAAUGUCAAAUCUUUUUUGACUUUUGGCUUAAUCUGUCUAUGCAACAUGUAUCUCUAUGAACUGCGCAACCUCUGGCAGCUUUUCUUUCACGUGACUGUGGGAGCAUUUGUUACACUCCAGAUCUGGCUGAGGCAAGCCCAGGGCAAGGCUCCUGAUUACGAUGUCUGACACCAUCCUUCAGACGUGUUGCCUUGGCUUCAGGGGAAAAAGGAGGGAGCAUAUCUUAACUACCACUGUGAUGAAGAAACUGUUCACCACAAAUGAGAAGCUCUGCUGUCUUUCUCUGCAGCUGUCCUUUUCGUUUUAAGUCAGCAUGGCAUGCCUAUGAGCAUGCCAUACCUGCUACGCAAACUCCUCUCAGCAGAAUGUUGGCCAUGAGAUUAUCAAUCAGAAGAAGAUGAGACCUCUCUGCAGGGCCAUGGCAGUGGAAGAACAGUCAGAUGCCAUUGGAAGACUUGGCCAGCAGCCCUGAAUCCUGGCUGGAGAGUUCAGUCAAAAAUUACAUGUGGUACUUGCUCUGAGAACUAAGCAGGAGCUCUACAACCCGGGUUUGCCUUUGUGAGGCAUUAGUGUAGACCAAAUAAAAAGAUGCUGCAGUGAAUUGGAAAGUUUAUGUGUAAAACAAAUUACUUGCUAAAUAUUAGAUUUUGCACAUUUAUGGUACCAGUUUGUGAAGUCCAGAUUGGUGUGGA